AGUCUGUGGUUUCCAUGGAGAUGAAGCUGAAAGUGCAGGAAAUUUAAAGGCUUUGGGUCCUUGCAAAGCAGACAAACUGGUGCCAACGUGCGUGGCUGCUGUUGCUGCUGAGGAGGCUGCUUUGCAAACGGCGGAGAGGAGCGGGGAGGAAGAAUCGGCAGCAACUUCUUCCACGCGCACGGGCAGACAACGAGGAGCGGCAGCAGCAAGCAGGAUUCGCAACAAAAAGAGGCAUCUCCCGUUCCCGGGAAGGGCGAGAAGAAGCAGCAGCAGCAGCAGAAUUUUGGAGUGGCUCCACCAGGAGAAAUUUUAUAGAGAAGCCUGCAAGAGAGUGUGUUUGCAGGGGGCUUGUUCUCCGGGCUUAUCAGGGGGCUGUCUUUGCUGGUGGUGCGGCGAGUGGAGGUGAUCCCUCUCAAAGACGAGCUAUUUUGGAUAUCCCCGUACAAGUUUUCUGAUGUAUUUGCUUGCACCUUCUUCCCUUGCUGUUUGGUGAAUCCAGCCCCCCUUUCCCUCCUCCCCCCCCCCACCGGUCUCCCAAGGAUGGAUCAUUCCCAGUGCCUUGUGACUAUAUACGCCUUGGUGGUUCUGCUGGGUCUCCGGCUAGAGCAGGGCGCCUGCCAGCACUAUCUGCACAUCCGACCGGCUCCCAGCGACAACUUGCCCUUGGUGGAUCUAAUCGAGCACCCGGACCCUAUCUUUGACCCCAAGGAGAAGGAUCUUAACGAGACCUUGCUAAGGAACCUCAUGGGCGGACACUUCGAUCCCAACUUUAUGGCUGUUUCCUUGCCCGAGGACCGCCUCGGAGUGGACGAUUUAGCUGAGCUGGACUUGCUGCUCAGGCAGAGACCCUCGGGAGCGAUGCCCAGCGAAAUCAAAGGGCUGGAGUUCUACGACGGGCUGCAGCCGGGCAAGAAGCACAGGCUGAGCAAGAAGCUGCGCAGGAAGCUGCAGAUGUGGCUUUGGUCCCAGACCUUCUGCCCGGUCCUAUACACGUGGAACGAUCUCGGCAGCCGCUUUUGGCCCCGGUAUGUCAAAGUGGGCAGCUGCUACAGUAAAAGGUCUUGUUCAGUCCCCGAAGGCAUGGUUUGCAAACCUGCCAAGUCCGUGCAUUUAACGAUCCUGAGGUGGAGGUGCCAGCGCCGGGGCGGGCAGAGAUGCACAUGGAUACCCAUCCAGUACCCCAUCAUUUCGGAGUGUAAGUGCUCCUGCUAGGGCUGGCACUUCCCUUCGCGCCCCUUCUCCAGCGGACUCACGUGGACCUUUGCUGCAAGAGAAAUAAAAGACAUUUGCUUUCUGGUUAACGUUGUAAUGCACUGUAACGUGUAGGAGAAUGUAUAUUGUGUGUAUAUAUGGCACCGGUUUAAUAUACUAUUAAAAGGUCAGUAUUAUACGUGAAAUAAUCAGCGUCUACUGUAUUUUCAAGACUAUUACCCUGA